UUCUCCAGCGGCCAUGGCUGGACGUCAGACCCCCCAGGUCGUUGCGGUUGAUCAUCAGAGCUCGGCUCAGAUCGGAGUGGCGAUGGCUGCGUCUGCGAUAUCUGCGUUUUUUUACGGCGUUUGUGCGGAUAGACGUGUUUCUAGUUGUUAUUUUUCGUAUCUUUGGGGGGCGUGAUUCGAAGCAGGAUUGCGACAGAUAUAGGCGUUUGAAUCUGCCGUACCUCACGUCCGUUGUUGUUUGUUGGCAAGAGGUGUACCAGGAUGGAGGCCUGUGCUGUUGGUGAUAGAAUGCAUGGCAAGUCGUUCCUGAAAGCAGUAGGUGUCGAGGUUUUUAUUAUUGCGUCGUUGUGAUGAAGUGCGGGAGAGUGAUUCGGAGUGCGCGUUUAGCUUGUGGAACAUGGGAAGCGUGGGAAGCGUGUGGGAAGUUCCGGGAAUGAGGAUUGGUUAUUUUGCAGGAAUAGUGUGGGCAUGAAUGCUGGUUUGGAAGGGAAUCUGCUCGGAUUCACUCGAGGGAGAAGGCGCAGACCCGUCAUGAAGCAGUGGAGACACUUGAGCCGCUUGUUCUGCAGAUAGUUCAGACACAAAUACGAAGACAGUUUGCUUUGAAGGUCCAAAGUGGAGAGCUAUUAUUCUUAUUUCACCAGGAAAACUGUUAGAAAAAUGAUAGCGACAAAAAGAAUUAUGCACUCGCUCUCUCGAGGGUUCUGUGAAUCAGAACUUGGCGAGGAAGUAUCUGAUCGUUAAAUUUUCUAUGGCCAUUCCAUUCAUCAUGUGGUGAUAAGUGAUUUCGAUGAUUGUACAACUACUUAGCCUUUGGUCAUCCAUGCUCAAGAUAAAUUCUCACCUUCUUACUGUUCCAUCUUCACUUCUUUCCCCCACAUACACUCCAGAUAAUGAUUUGCGUAGAAGUCUGGGUUAAGUAUCAAGAUGAAUUCCUUUAUAUACCAGGAUUUUGGGCCCAUUUAAUAUCUGUUCUAUUCUAAAAUCAUUAGCAUGGCGCAGAUUCAAUCACCGGGAGUAGGUGGGCGCACAAAAUUUGAACCAUGGGGCGUUCAGUGAUCAUAUGGUGUUUAUGUUCAUUUCUUCUCUUUUCUCUUGCGGUCUCCGUCAAAGCAGUGCGCUCCCCGAGAUCAGUUCCAUUGAGUACAUUGUAUAAUUUAAGUCCGGGUACUAGUCCACGUUUUCCUCAAGGCCAAGCUGAACGCCUCAUCAAAUCCUUAGGUCUCCUGCCAGGAGCAGCCGUAGAAAGUUCUGGUCCAGUCAAUGGACCCGGCUUACACGAGAGAAAAAUACAGCUAGAUAUUUUUACCAAUUCAACAUCGGCAUCAGCUUCACGACAUGCUGCACAUUAUGCGGGUUACUUCACGCUAAAGCGUAGUCAUACUGCCAACAUGUUCUAUACUUUUUUUGAGUCUAGAGGCAAUAAAGGCAUGGAUCCUUUAGUGCUUUUGAUGACUGGAGGCCCAGCCUGCGCUAGUGAAGUGGCUAUGUUCUACGAGAAUGGCCCUUUUAAGAUUCAGGACAAUAUAGAAAACCUUACUCUGAUUUGGAACAAGUUUGGUUGGGACCAGGAGGCCAGCAUUAUAUAUAUAGAUCUUCCAGUAGGAACGGGCUUUAGCUACAGCACAAAUUCAGGAGAUAUACGUCAUGACGCGGAAGGAGUGAGUGAGGAUAUAUUCGACUUCUUUCAGGCUUUUUUUACAGCACAUCCUGAGUUUGCCGAAAACGAUUUGUAUGUGAUGGGAGAAUCCUUCGGCAGCCACUACGUCCCAGCUGUGGCUGCUCGUCUGCAUGAAGAGAAAAAAUUGAAACAGGGACUACCCAUUAAUUUGAAGGGGUUUGCAAUUGGAAGUGGUCUUACACAUCCAAAUAUUCGAUAUGAGUCAUAUGCCGAUUAUGCUCUGAGCAUGGCACUGAUUGCUGAUGAUGACCACAAAAGACUUAGCAAAGUGUUUCCGGCUUGUGCUACGGCUAUUGAAUUGUGUGGAACCAAAGGAACUGUCACUUGCAUUGCAGCAUACCUCGUCUGUCAGAGUAUUUUCAAUACUAUCUUGGCUAUUUCUGGAAAUAUCAACUCAUUUGAUAUCCGAAAAGAAUGUAACGAAGAUAUCUGUUACGACUUCUCCAAUCUUGAGAUCUACUUGAAUCAAACAAAAGUUCGAGAGGCUUUGGGUGUCGGCAAUCAGAAGUUUCUUUCCUGCAGUCCUCUGGUCUAUGAAGCGAUUCUUAUGGACUGGAUGGAGAGCAAGGAAAACAAGAUAGCUCGCCUUCUGGAGGAUGGUAUCCAGAUACUGGUUUAUGCUGGAGAAUUUGAUCUGAUAUGCAAUUGGUUAGGCAAUUCAAUGUGGACAGCUGCUCUUCCCUGGUCAGGCCAAAUAGAGUACGCCAGAGCACCUUGGAAGAAGUUUGAAGUGAACGGAAUUGAAGCUGGGCUAGUCACUGGUUUCAAAAAUCUAAAUUUUGUUAAGGUCCAAGAUGCAGGGCAUAUGGUAGCCAUGGACCAGCCAAGGAUUGCUUUAGAAAUGUUUCGUCGUUGGACAAGAGGAAUUCCUCUAGGAAACAGAAUAAAGUUAGAGUAUUAGUUUUUACGAAAGUGACCACAGAUACUUCGUCAGCUCACCUCAUCAAUGUAAUGGAUUGUGACAUGGGGAUGCACAUGGAUUUGAAAUUGCCCAUUUUAUGGGCUUGUGCCUCCACGAUGUGCUCGUCGUCAUAAAGUAAGCAUGUACUGGAUGCACAAGUUCUGGAUC